GACCGCGAUCGCGAACACGCCUUCCCCACUUCCCUCCUACCAAUCGCAAAGAUGACGAAGAAACGCAGAAGAUAUCCGGAUUUGAACCAGAAGCUUGAGCGACCAUGGUGUUACUACUGCGAGCGCGACUUCGACGACCUUAAGAUUCUCAUCUCUCACCAAAAGGCCAAACAUUUCAAAUGCGACCGCUGUGGAAGACGGUUAAAUACUGCCGGAGGUCUCUCCGUGCAUAUGAACCAGGUCCACAAGGAGACGCUCACUCACGUUGAAAACGCCAACCCCGGCCGCCAAGGUCUCGAGCUGGAGAUUUUCGGUAUGGAAGGUGUCCCGGCCGAGAUAAUAGACCAGCACAACCAGCAAGUCACACAAGCACAUUUCGCCGAGGAGCAAGAGCGCGCACGUAUUACCGGAAAUCCCAUGCGUGGAGCGUACGUCAAUGGCCAAGCUGCACCGAACAAGAGGCCGAAGAUCAACGAGAGUCUAGAGGAGAUUGAGAAGAGAGCGGCCCAGUUCAGGGAAGAUCGAAAGAACGGCGUUCUACCCGCACCAGUGGAGCCAGUGCAGACUGCUACACCACCAGUUGCUCAGACACCAUACGGCGUACCACCCCCUGGCGCUCCCGUGGCUUUCCCACCCGGUGCGCCAGCAUAUCCUCCCCAAGGCGUCCCACAACCUUUCUCGCCCGCCAACGGCGGCAUGCCCCCGCGGCCUGGCAGCAUACCCGGCCAACCAGGCGCGUUACCUCCUCGACCUGGUUUCGGCGCUCCACCACCGGGUGCCUACCCGCCCGGUCAGAACGGCGACAUAUCCAACUCUGUCGACGAUCUGAUCAACGAGGUGACCAAGGAAGCAGCGCCAAAGGAAGAGAAGAAGAGCAAAAAGGACAAGAACCAGCGCCUUAUCUUCUUCGCCGAGACGACAAGUCCCGAGGAGAAGAUGGCAGCUCUGCCGAGGUUUGCGGAUUUCAUGCGGACAUGAUGACACAAUAGGUGGUUUGCUGUGUAUAACGAGAGAAGGCCAAGUUGCGACCAUGCACGUUGGCAUUUAUGCUGGGGAGCCUUGAGGCCAGCGCAAGGGCAAGAGCCGACAGAUGCUACACGGACCGCAUCAAUCAAGGCGUUGCGGCGCGAGACUCUGGCUUUGUAUGUGAUAACUAUUCAUGUGAUAUCUAUUCAUGAGCCAUCACCUCACCAAACGGAUAAAUCAAAUCACGAUGGACUGGUCUCACGAUAGCUCAAUGACACUUGGUAGCAUAGCACAAUGGAACAAACCAAGCUUGAG